AUGGUCCCUAAUUUUCAAGGACUGCUCUAUUCUCCAUUCUAUUCAAGGCUGCCUCGAAAUCAAUUAAUGUCGAUGAAUUUUAUAUACAUGUUACAAAACUUGUUCCAGCACAAAGAAAAUCCAAUUCUAGAACCAAGGGCUGGGGCGGGAGACACACAUAAUGUAAAGGGAGGAUCGGGCUGCCCGCUCUUCUUUGCAAAAUAUUUUACAGUGCUGAAUCCACCGCGACCGGCGGUGUCGGUCAAGGGCAAUCGUUCCAUUACCUUGAAAUUAUCUCCUCACAAGCUUUCUCGUCGGAAUUUAGAGUCAAGUGAGCUGGAUGCCAUUGCCCUUCGGCAAUUCCAGGUUUUCAACUUGAACUUCGCACCUAUAAGAUCCUUUGCCCUGUGCUAUAUGCCUCAAAACAUGCCGCAUUUCAGGGUUUCUGCAGUCUCCACGGGUACAACGCCAGGAAUGGUGAACAACUUAAUAUGCACUAUGAGCGAAACUGAACAUGAGUCGUAUCUGAAUCAAUCAGCAGGAGAAAAUGCUCAUAUUUUGUCUUAUGGCAAGAGAAGUGAGUCGCGUUGCAAGCAGGUAAUAUCCGCCUGGAAUAGCGGAUUCAACUUGCUCCUCCUGAGACGGCUGGAAACAUCAUCCAGGCAACAGGAGGUAAAAGUGGGGGUCAAAUAA